AUGCAGCAGAUGAUUAAGGAUCAAGCCAAAGAGUUUUAUGAGACCAAGGCAGAAAUACAAAAGAGAGAGGAAGCAUGGCAGCUUGAAAAAGGCUUGCUAACAAAAGAUCUCACAGAUACUCUUAAGAUAAUCGAUCAGCUUAAAGCUGAACAAGUAAGGCUUGAAGAACAAAAGAACGAAGAAAUAAGAAGGCUGAAGGAGCAACUACAAGAAAGGAAGGAAGAAAGGGAAAAGCCUCAAUUCCCUAAAGAAGAAUUCCCACCGUUAAGCGAACUUCAUGUAGCAAGGCCCUUCAUGGAAGCAGAGAUUCAUUAA